AUGGAUAACGCAGUGGCAAGGCAACUCAUUGACAAGAUCUACGAGAAGCGCAAGGCAGCAGCCCUUGACCUCGAGAAACAAAUUCGGGAAUGCCAUCAGCAAGGAGAGGAGCGGCGAAUUAGCCAGAUCAUUGACCAGCUGGUGGAUAUGUUCAGCAAUACGUCGAAUCCUUUGCACAUCAGGAAUGGAGGGUUGAUUGGUCUUGCCGGAACUGCCAUUGCUUUGGGCGUCGACGUUGCACCCUACAUGGAGAAGUUUGUUGGACCCCUGCUCGACUGUUUUGUGGACCCGGAGAACAGGAUCAGAUACUUCUCGGCGGAAUGCCUAUACAACAUUGCAAAGGUGUCGAAAGGCGAAGUUUUGGUCUAUUUCAAUGAUAUAUUCGAUGCGCUAAGCAAGCUUGCUGCGGAUUCCGAAUUGUCUGUCAAAAACGGGGCGGAAUUGUUGGAUCGUUUGCUCAAGGAUAUCGUCGCGGAGUCUGCCUCUGUGUACAUCCCUCUUUACCCAGAGACCAAGAAAGUUCGCGACGAACGCAAUGAAGCUCAUGGUGUUUUGGUCCCAUUGCCAGACAGUCAACCGGGCGACGGCGCCAAGAAAGCGUUUUCUCUCGCCCAUUUUAUCCCACUUCUACGUGAACGGAUAUACGUGGUCAGCCCGUUCACGAGAAGCUACCUGGUCUCAUGGAUCAAUGUUCUGGAUUCCGUGCCAGAAUUAGAGCUCAUAACGUAUCUCCCAGAAUUUCUGGAUGGCCUACUGAAAUACCUCUCAGAUCCUACGGAAGAUGUCCGAGUGGCUACCGAGAAUCUACUUGCCGCUAUCCUUCGGGAGCUCCGUGACGUCACCAUUGUCUCUCGCCGACUGCAACAGCAAGUAAAGCCAAAGACACCGAAGACACCAGUCGAAUCUACCCGCCGUCCUGACGUCGACGGAGAGAAAUUGCCUGAUCUUACAUUGGAGAAUGCAGAGCGUGCCCUGUAUAUGUUGGAGAAUGACGAGCAAGAGCUUUCAAUACACAGCAGUCAGAUGGGUCAAAGAGAGGAGGACCCCGAAUUUGAUUAUCAAGACACUGGAACCUGGAUACCCGGACAAGGGGUGCGGGUGGACUAUUCCUCCAUUGUGGAAACAUUGUUGCAGCAGCUAGAUAGCGAACACGAUGAGAUCCAACAAUCAACCGCGCUCACAUGGCUGGCGGAACUCCUUAGCUUCGCUCAUGAAGUCAUGAUUCCAUUUACGCCACGCUUAAUUCCCGCCAUCCUUCCAAAUCUUGCUCAUCAUGUUUCUAUGAUCCAAUCUGCUGCCACCCGGACAAACAAGCUGCUUUCGAGUGUGAUUCAAAAAUUGCCAUCUCCGCAGGAUCCAACUCUGACCAAAGCCCCAACGGAAAAGCCUAUUCCAGCGAGCAAGUUGCCAAGAUCACCAACACCAACGGCCACCUCUAGACAAUCGACGUUAAGCUCUCAAAUGUCGCGGGAUACCUCUUCACCUGAUUCACUUCACGACGCAAGUCAUGGCCAGACGUCAACAGGCUCGAGAACCCGGACCAACACCAUGGAUCCCUCUGCGACUCCCCGCCCUCCUCCAACAGAGGUGACCUCAGGACCUCACUCUGGAUCGCGGUCCCAUUCUCCGGUUUCUUUCAGUAGCCAGUCGGGUGCUAAUGGGAACCUCAAUAAUUCUCAACAAAGCGAAGAGAGCGAUCCUUUUGACUACCAAGCGACGGUCAACGAACUUACGAUUCAGUUUUUGAGCGAAUUCGAGGAGACGCGAGUGGCUGCGUUGAAAUGGUUGAUCAUGUUGCAUCAGAAAGCUCCAAAGAAGAUUCUCGCAAUGGAUGACGGGACGUUCCCUGCUCUGUUGAAGACGCUAUCGGAUAGUUCUGAAGAGGUCAUCAAGCAUGAUUUGCAACUUCUGGCGCAGAUUUCUUCCAGUUCGGAAGAGACUUAUUUCAAAGCUUUUAUGGUCAAUUUACUGGAGCUCUUCAGCACUGAUAGAAGGCUUCUGGAGACCCGAGGAAGCCUUAUCAUUCGGCAGCUCUGUCUCAAUCUGAACACAGAGAGGAUAUAUCGCACUUUCGCGGAGAUCAUCGAAAAGGAAGAAGACCUCGAAUUUGCCAGCGUGAUGGUGCAGAAAUUAAAUAUCAUUCUAAUCACAUCGCCGGAGCUUACAGAGUUCAGAAAACGGCUAAAGAGUCUGGAGACCAGACAAGAUGGCCAAGCAUUGUUUACGACACUUUAUCGCUCAUGGUGCCACAACGCUGUCGCGGCCUUCUCCCUCUGCCUGCUGGCUCAAGCCUACGAGCAUGCUUCAAAUCUUCUCCACAUCUUUGCUGAUUUGGAGAUCACGGUUCCUAUGCUUGUUCAGGUGGACAAGCUGGUUCAAUUAAUUGAGAGUCCUGUGUUUACUUACAUCCGUCUUCAACUCCUCGAACCAGAUCGCUAUCCUUACCUCUUCAAAUGUCUGUACGGUAUUCUAAUGCUGCUGCCUCAAAGCACCGCUUUCGUGUCGCUUCGAAACCGCCUCAAUGCGGUGAACUCUGCAGGCUUCUUGCAGAUAGCCCCGAAGCCCAGUGCAGUUGGAUCUCUGGCCACGCGCUCAAAACUCGGUCGGGAUGAGAUCAAAUGGCAGGAACUUCUCCUUCACUUCCGUUCGGUGCAAGCCAAGCACGAGAAAGCCCGACGACAAGCUUUGGGGAAUGACACAUCACCCAUUCUAGGCUUCCUGGAUGACAAGCUCAACGAUCCCAUAGAUAAGAUUGGCAGGAUCCCAGCCGGGAAUCGCCCACCCAUGCGAAGACGUGUGACCGGGGAACUCUCGAUGAACAACGUGCCGCAACCACCUGUACCGCAAAGGAGUGGUGCCUUGUCGCCUUUGAAUCCCAAACGUGUGCCAGCAGGAUUGAGUGGGCUGAUGAAUUCGACAGCGCCCUCUCUGCCGUCGAAUUUGAAUCCCGCUUCGGCGUUGACGCACGCCCAGAAACAGCGACGGCCUCCUAUGGAUCUAACACGGAAAUAA